UCAUGAAUUAAAGGUACCUCGAUAAACGAUUUGGUCCAUGUUUCGCGGUAAAGAAGUGUAAAAAGUGUUAUGCUAACCAUAAUUUCCAUCAUUCGAAUUAUAUAGUAGCAGGGAAAGAACGAAUAUUUGUGACGAAGUGUUUCGCUUGUUGCACAGUUGCCAAGGCGACUACGGUGCGUGCGUGUGCGUGUUAAGAAGUGUGCUAUGAAAAGAGAACGAUCAUUGGGACAACGAUUCUACGACUAUCUUCGUAUUGACGGCAAUUCCAUGCUUGAAAAACGAACAGGCUGAAGACGGGAAUAUUAUGGACUACCCGGUUUUGGGCCACUACGACCCGUCCGUAGAGGCCACGGCCGAUAGUGGCGGUGAUGAACAAGAAUUACUUUGGGAAGAAACAAAUUAUAUUUUACCUGGUGAUGAAUAUGUACCUGCAACAGAACAAUUUGGAGAAGAUUUUUCAGGGGCUGAAUUUCAUGAAACUCGUACUUUACUUGCAGAUGGGGGGGAUAGAUUUGGAGUUUCUACUGCCACUUUCGAUAAUGUUGAAGAACUUAUGUGGAUGGGAAAUCAAGGGGGUCACGUGACAUCUUAUUAUGGGUCUGGUUUACAAAAAUAUACUUCAUUCCAAGUUCAUGCCACGCAAGAGGUUCGGCAUAUUCAUCCAUUAGAUGAAGGAAUUUUAGUUUUGACACAGAGUUUAUUAAGAUGUCAAUUAAGACGUGGCAUACCAAUAUUUUCACAUACAUCAUCAAAUAUGAUUGAUAUGCAAUGUAUGCUACAAAUCUCACCAACAAGAUUACUUAUGGGGGGACAUCAAGAAAAAAUAAUCGAUUUUAAUUUGACUAGAGGAAAAGAGACUGGAUUAGUACAUGUAGGGGAAAAUGGUUGUGCAAUUUUAAGGCAGCAUAGCAGACUUAUUUGUUGUGGUAAUCCUGUGGGAAGAAUUGAUCUCAGGGAUCCAAAUACAUUAUCAAUAGAACAUACUUUUGAUACCCAUAGUGCAUCUCUCAGUGAUUUUGAUGUUCAAGGAAAUUACCUUGUUACUUGUGGCUUUAGUAAUAGCCGUCAGGGUCUAUCAGUAGAUAGAUUUUUAAUGGCAUAUGAUUUGAGACAAAUGAGAGCAUUAAGUCCUGUUACAACUUUAGUAUAUCCACUUCUAUUAAAGUUCCUACCCAGCUAUUCCAGCCGUUUAGCUGUUGUAUCACCAUUGGGACAAAUGCAACUUCUUGAUACUAUCUAUGCUAAUGUACAGCCAGCCAUGACAUGUUUAUAUCAGGUAGCAACUGGUUGUGCAAUGAUAUUAUCAUUUGAUGUAUCUUCUACAUCUCAAUGUCUAUGCUUUGGAGAUUCAGCAGGUUCUAUACAUCUUAUGUCUACAAAUACACCUGAACCCCAAUUUAAUACAUUUUCUCGGCCAACUGAAUUUGCUGAUCCAGUUGAAUCAAUUCAAUCUAUAUCAUUUAAUGAUGAUGUUACACCAUUAAGUACAAUACCUAUUGUAUAUACCGGGCACCCAUUAUUAAGUGAUUGGCCAGAGGAAUAUUUAAAAAAAGUUUAUAGGAAAACACCAUCAAUUGAUCCUGAAAUAUUACGUACGAUGAAGAUGCAAGGAACUAUAGGUUAUGCCCCAAAUCCUCAGGCAUUUCGCAGAAAUCAAAUACCUUACAAUUUGGAAAAACGACGGGGAGUAGUCACAAAGCUUUUCGCGGGGGACUCACGAUCUAAAACAGAUGACGGCACCUUUGUGGCCAUACCUAAGCGUUAUCGUAAAAUCGAGGUGAAAUAUUCACGUCUCGGUUACGAUGAAUUCGAUUUUGAUCAGUAUAAUCGCACCAGCUUCUGCGGUCUUGAAGCCACGCUUCCCAACAGCUAUUGUAACGCUAUGUUGCAGUUACUUUAUUUUUGUGAACCUGUGAGAAUAGCGUUGCUUUCUCAUUCGUGCCAAAGAGAAUUCUGCCUGUCUUGUGAGCUAGGAUUCUUGUUUCACAUGUUGGAUACAUCUCGAGGAUUGCCAUGUCAAGCUGCUAAUUUUCUUCGAGCUUUUAGAACAGUACCUGAAGCGGCAGCUUUAGGACUUAUACUCAGUGAUCUCCAUCCCGAAGCGAAAAGGAAAACAAAUUUGGUACGAUUAAUACAGAGUUGGAAUAGAUUUAUAUUGCACCAAAUUCAUUAUGAAGUUUUGGAAACAAGAAAACGACAGAAAGAGGAAGAAGAAGCUGCUCGAUUAAAAUCAGGACCAAAAUGUCCUCCGUUUGUUUAUAAUGAACAGGAUUUUCCUAGCAUUUUACAAGACAUUGGAUCUCGAUACAGAAGUCAUGCGGAAGAAAGAAAAAAAAGAAGAAAGCAAGAAGGGGAUGGUAAAUAUAUGUGGAUCACAUCGAAAGAUAAAAACAACAAAAAAUCGAUUGAAGAAAAUGAGAUACGAGACGAAGAGACAGAAGUCAGUCGUUUGUUUGGAUCUGAACAAAUGCACAUACACUGUUGUCUCAAAUGUGGGCAAGAAGCUACGAAACAUUCCAUCAUGUUGCUAUGCAACUUAGUUUAUCCAGAAUUAACACAUCCUUCAGAGGAGGUUCCGUUUACAAGUGUUCUUGCCCGCAGUUUAAGACCUGAGAAAAUUACACCUGCAUGGUGUGAUAAUUGUCAAAAAUUUACACCCACCCUUCAAUCUCGACAAUUAACUAAACUACCUCAAAUAUUGGCUCUGAACUGUGGUUUAGAUACACAACAGGACAAAUCAUUUUGGCAACAGCAAAUGGAUAUAGUCGUUCAAAAAGUAUUAAAUGGAAAAGAAAGUAGUCCAUCUUCAAGUCCUAUUCCUAUUACUGUGAAACCAUGUAGAUAUGGUAACAAUUGUACUCGAAUUGGUUGUAGGUUCCGACAUAUUGGUAGAGAUCCAGAAACAAUAACAACGCCACCAGUUACACCACCUACAACAACUUCAACACCGGUCUCAACAGCCGCAACACCGCCUAGUCAUUUGUACUAUUCUCAUUCAUGGAUUCCACAUAAUAUAGAAAUUUCUUUGGAUAGUAAUGGUGAAUUAUUCGUGGAAAAGAUCAGUAGUUCGAAAAAUGAUUCUAACGAAAGUAGUAAAUCGACUGAUGAUGUCAUAGUAGAAAAUGGACAAGGUGAUAGUAAGAUACAAGAUUCUGAGAUUUCUGGAAAUAAUUCCGAAGACAAAAUGACUGAAAAUCAUGUUAUUGCGGAAUUAGAUGAUGAUGAUAUGGAGAAAGAGAAUAAAAUCGAUGAUAAUCUAAAUAAAAUAAGCAAAAUUCAAUACAGUCUUAAUGCUGUUGUUUGUUACAUCGAUGACAAGAGUAACGAAGAUAGAAGAAACAUUGUUGCAUUAUUGCGAGUUGGACCAAAUUAUCAUGAACGAUCAGUAGGCAGUGCAGUAUCGCAAUGGUACAUUUUUAAUGAUUUUUGUAUAUCUGCAGUGACACCGCAAGAAGCGGUUUGGUUUAAUCUUGAUUGGAAAGUUCCAUGUGUUCUUCAUUAUACGGCUGUGCCAGCUCCCGAACCAGUACCGUUUGUCAGUCCUCUUACCUAUGAUGUAUUUGGUGAAGAUAAGUGCAUUGCUCGCAGUGGAGGAACAAGGGGUAUUACAUUCACUCCAUUGAGUUCCGACGAAAUGCCUAAAAAAGGAGAAUUAGUUGGAAUUGAUGCAGAAUUUGUAACUUUAAAUCAGGAGGAAGCUGAGCUUCGAAGCGAUGGAAAAAUGUCUACUAUUAAACCAAGUCAUAUGUCUGUUGCACGUAUAACUUGUAUACGUGGUCAAGGUCCAUUAGAGGGAACUCCCUUCAUAGAUGACUAUAUAAGUACUCAGGAACAGGUAGUAGAUUAUCUGACAAAAUUCAGUGGAAUUCAGCCUGGUGACUUGGAUGCGAACUUCAGUAGCAAACAUUUAACUACUCUGAAGUCAACAUACCAAAAAUUACGAUUUCUCGUUGAUAAUGGAAUUAUGUUUGUUGGACAUGGCUUGAAGAAUGAUUUUAGGGUAAUAAAUUUAGUCGUACCACCUGAGCAAAUUGUAGAUACAGUAUUGUUAUUUCAUUUACCUCAUCAUCGUAUGGUGUCAUUGCGUUUUCUUACAUGGCAUUUUUUGGGGAAAAAAAUUCAAUCAGAAACACAUGAUUCUACUGAAGAUGCUAGAGCUGCUCUUGAAUUAUAUCGCAAGUACAAAGAAUUGGAGAGUUCUGGAAAACUCUCUGAAUCGUUAAAAGAGCUUUACAAAGUUGGCAAUCAAUUACAAUGGAAAGUUCCGGAUAGCUGAUAUGAGGAUGAUCCUCAGGAGGAAGUGCAUGAUUUAAUAACGUCAUGUAACGACAAUGAAGUUUAGACGAUGGUUUUGAAGUAUAGUCGUAAAUUAAUUAAAACUAAACUUCAAAAGAUAUCGUUUAUACUUACAAAAAAAUCAUACAUUUCUCCUGUUUGAAAAAGAGUUCAAUCAUUCGUACAUAAAAAUUAGGGAAAUUCCAAGAGUAAAUGUGAUGAUGAUGUCGCGAGUGUUAAUGAUUAAGGGUACAACUAGAAUACAUUGCCAUUCGUAUUUAGUAUUUUUUAACCUCACGACAUCGGUACGUGAGAUCGUUGGAUCACGUAAACGUAACUCAAUUAUUGUCCCUGGAUUAUAAAUCUUUAUUUUGUCUUUAUCAAGGAUUGAGAUCGUUACAAAUUAUCAAACAAAAGCUUCGAAGGAAACAAAAUUUCUUGUUGAUUAUAAUUUUUUAGAAGGAAUCAAAACUGAUACGAAUGUGGUGGCAGUCUAUAUACAUAUUGUUGUAUAUACAUAUUGUUCGAUAGCACAUUAGCACAUUUUGGAGAGUAGUAUCAACUUCACAUUGAUAUGAUUUAUUGAAUAUAUUUAUUUUAAUUGUUCAAUGUAUUCAAAAUGGAAGAUAAUAGACACACGUAAGCCAAUCUCCUCUAUAAAAUACAUUAACCCUUCAAUGAUACAAUAAAGUAAUCAUCAUUGAAUGAAAAAAUUUGAAAAGUUGAAUAAUAUAAAAACUAUUUGCAACAAUAUUUAAAUUUUUAAGACUGAACAAUUAAACAAAAUGCGAAGUCACCAAUAUCAUUAGAAAAUUUUCCUUUUGUAUUUUAAAUUAUAACUAUUAUUAAUAUAUAUGACUAUACAUAUUAUUGACAAAUUACGUGCAAAAUUAUUAUAAAUUUAAUUGUAGUACAAUAUAUGAACGAAGAAUUCUAUAUACGUAUAUUAUUUAUCGCUGAAGGGUUAACAAUACGUGUAUAUAAUUAAUAAUUAGUAUUUUUAGCAAUAAUUCUAGAGGAGAUAUAUCUGUACAAAAGUGAAAACGAUUUAUGAUUUUCUUUUUUAUACAUAUCUUUUUUAAAAUAUCAACUUUUGUAACGUUUUGUCCAACGACAGCUCACUAGAAAAAAAAAAAGGAAAAGCAAAAGAAAAAAAAUGGAAAUACAUUUUUAUAAGAUUUACUUCGUCCCUCGUGAUGAAUUUCAUUUCGUCUCGCGAAACUAUGCAAACCAUUUUCACUCGAUUGUAAAACAAAUCAUUGAAAGAACCAGAAAUUUUUCUAAAGAUCCUUUUCUACUUCGAGGCUCUUGAAAUGAAAAAAAAAAAAAAAGAAAGAAAAAAAAUAUUAAAUGAAAUAUGGUAGUAUAUUUUACAAAAUGAUUGUACUCAUAGAUUAUUUUUGUAUGCAUUUUAUCAAUGACAAUGGAAAGCAAAAGAAAAAGAGAGAAUAAGGGAGAGCGAGAAUGAAAGAGUGGGAGAGAGUGGAAAAAUAUCAAAAAUCUAUCGAAUAAAACAAGAUUAUCAAAACAUAUAUUUUUUUAUAUCCGGAACGAUUUUCUUAUCAUUUGUGCACGACGUAACUUAAUAAAUUAAUUUCAAUCCGACGAAAAAAAAUAAAAAAUAAUAAAACAAUCAAAACAGCUGUCGUAUAGAAAGAAUAAUGAAAAUAAGAAUAAUGUUAAUGGUAAUCAUGCAUUUGUUUUAUGUCUAUUACUGUUACGUCAUUGUGAUUUUUCUAAUAAACGAUUGUAUGAAAAAUUAA